AUGGCGGCCACGUCGUUCAAAGUACCUCAAAUCAGCGAAGCUGAGAUGACCGCAUUCCACCAAGCGCACUUCUCCAAACCGGCGACAGAUGACUUCCAUGCGCACUUCCUCCGACCCGACCUUCCUUCAACAGGAGAAGCCACAUACGAUGCAGUGGGCGGAAACGAGUACUACGAGUACUACGAAGAGGAAGAGGAUGGCCUGGGCUACUAUUCCGACGGCGUCAAACGGACUCUCACCGACGAGCAGAUCGCCAUCUUCAGACACUCUGAACUCCAAGCUCUGCGCCGCAAAAGAGAAUCCUCCCAGCUUAGAAAAGCCACAACCACAAACCCCGAGGAAGAUGCGGCCCGCGACACAUCUGAAGAAGGCGAGAUCUUGUCGACGCCAUCCGCCACCGCGAAGAAACCCAAGAAACGGAAGCGCGGCAAAGUCAAGAACAGCAAAACCAGGAGUGGAGAGGAGCCCAUUGAUUUGCGCAAGCGAACCUGGGAUGUAGUCGACGAGGGUUUGGCCACGCUCGACUACGGCGAUGAAGAGAACAAGCCCGUUGAGGCCAGCGCGGUCCAGCGGCGUCGCAUCUCUUACGACGAUUGA